CUGUAAAUUCUGGCAGUCGGGCACGGGCAGUCCAUCGACCCGUUUCCGCGUGCGUGCAGCUCUCUCGCUCUCCAGAGCGAUCGCGUUGGUUUGCACCGAAAUUCCCGAUGGAAUUUCUCGACUUUUUGUGACCCAGGCCCCCUCUUCCUCCAAUCCUUGCGUCAGGCCAGCAACCAUGCAUCUCGCACGACCCUCUUAAGGUCCGAUCACUUCGCAGUUCGCAGGCAUGGCCGAGUGCAACCGUGUUAGUUUGGCCGACGUCGUUCUGCGGCUCGAGGGCGGCUCGUCCCUCGUUUGCCACUGCACCAGGGCCAAGUUUUCGGCGGCAGUGAUUCCUGCGCCGAGACUCGCAUACCACAACCAAACCUCGGCCCUCAAGGCCGACCAUGAAAAGUCAAUCAGCGAGACGUUCACAGACGACUAUGAGCAAAUUUUCCAAUUCGACGAGCAGCAGCAGCCGAUUCAAGCGCAGCCCCUGUGUCUGCCGUUCAACGCCGAGAGCAGAUGGUCGUUCUUGAACUACCCGAAAACCUUCAGCGAGGACUCGAGUCCGAGUCUCAGCUGGAGCAGCUCGUCCGACUCGAUGACUUCGGUGACAUCGUUGGACGAGGCGAUGUUGUCUCUUAGCUCUUCGGACAGCGAGGAGGAGGACAGCCAGAAAGCAAGAUAUGACGCUGUCACUGUUGUUGAGGACACUUUGAACCGAUUGAGCAUUUCUCCACCAAGGCAGAAUGGAAACUCAAGAAACAGCAGCUUAUCCAAAACCCUAGUUCAAGCGACAAUCAUUCCAGUUCAGGACGCAAUGCGCUACUUUGGUUUCCACUUUUUGCCUACCAACGACGACUCCACAAUUACUUCCACCGAAAUCAUAUCACACCAAAAAGACAAGCAAACCGCAGCCGAUCAACUUUACAAACAGUCGAAAAAGCAGCUCAACCAUCUGAUGUGCGACAAGAAAGAAAUGACCAACGGAGAUUGGCUGAUCCACUUGGCCAAAAGAGGUGCCUGCGACGUCGUAGUCGAUGCUCUCUGUGGCGACGGAGAACUCGCUGUUCAACUCGCACAAAGCUGCAGGAAAGUUAUCGCGAUCGACUCUGACCCAAUGAAAAUCAAACAAGCACAGCAGCGCGCAGAAAUGAGCUGUGUCACCAACAAAAUCGACUUUGUCCUCGGGGACUUUCUGCAAAUGAAAACGCAUCUUGUUGCCGACGCAGUGUUUCUCAGGCUCUCAAAUGUCAACAGCAUAUUCGACGAACAGGUGGUGUGUGAUCUCAACUUGUUCCACGGUGCCGAGUUAUUCCAGCAAGCAAAGUUCGUGUCCAGCAACAUAGUAUUCUGUCUGCCAAGCAACCAGGACGCGAGGCAAAUCUUGCAGCUGGUGGGCGAGGGCGAAAUGGAGCUGGAGCAGUGCUGCGUCGAAGGCCACUUCUCCGCCAUGGCCGCCUACUCUGGACCGCUCUUCUACCAAUCCAGAUAACAAUUCAGCGUUUGGUCUCCACCCACUUAAGCGAUUCUAUUUGUCCGAGAGCUCGAUUUUCAGCUGGAUUUAUUUGUUAGUAGCGAAUCUGAUUAUUUGGACCAACACGUCGCAACUGCAGGCAUUUUCGUCAACGCAUUUAUGUCUUGUGGCUUGGCCAGCAGCGCAGAGCUGCUGUUUUUUCACUUUUGUACCGUGUGUUUGUCAAAACCUGAUCUCACAGUAUCAAUAUCUGAAAUGCAGGGUUGCUUUCCGUUUGAAAGUAAAAAGGUUUUUGGUUGCUGUCCAUUUUUUUUCCGUAUUCCAUAGCCGUUAAAAUUUAAAUCAACCAUCAAAAUUCUAAAAUAGCGUUUGAUUUUCCUGCAACCCCUUGAAUUAUUGGCGAUAUUUCUAAUCUAAGGCUUUGGAAAAUACGCAAAUACAGCAACCCUCAUAUUAAUCCUUGAAAGUGUUAACAAACGAAAGCCUGAUGCAGAACUUAAAAACGUGUUUAAAUAAAUUUAUCAUUUUUAUCCACGGCGUUUUGAACACCAUCAACUUAAAGUGAAAAGUGAAUGUUUCCCAAUUUUCUUUUGAAUCCGUUGCCGGCAGCGUGCUUUUGUGUCUGCCGGAGGAAGUCUCCAAAUCUUGACGCACUGCCCGAAAUACUUUGAUUCGCCGCAAUCGAGCUAGUCAUGUGUUUAACUCAUAUACUACGAAAGCCACAAAAGGAAACAAUAUAAACCUCAGUUUGCCGAAGACAAAAGGAAGAUUACCUCGUAAGCUGAUACCGACUAAAAGCUAUUAACAACAACAAUCCACUUAAAUAUGUAUAACACGCUAAAAUAAAAUGAUGUGCAAUUUGACAAAAAUGUAACCAUGACUUGCAGUUCAUAAUCGUAGUGCCAAUCUUUGUUGUCAACAUAUUUGUGGCAGGCCUUUGAAACAUAUUACACACAAAUCCUUCUGAACUAUAUAAUAUACUGUACUGUAACCCAAAUUAUUACAAAAAGCAAACAUCAUGUAAGUUGUGUACGUCAAACAGGAAGAUAUUGAAAUAUACAAGAAACUUAUUUAUGUAUUAAAUGUUCAUCCAACUAAAUAUUUAACAACACUGUACUGUGUUAUUUUCGAAAUUAUACGAUGACUUUAGUUGUUUAAA